AUGAUUCCAAAUCAUAUCAUGAGUAAACUUUUCACCGCACAAGCGGUGAAAGAUGGCGCAUCAAAAUUUGGAGAUUGUACCACCAAGCGUUGGAUAGCAAAAAAAUCGAGUGAUGAUUCUGCUAGUACUGGGAGUAAUCGCGGAUCUGCAACAGUGGCAAAUCCCGUAAUGAGCGGUCCGAGUACAUACGCCGAAGACAUGUAUAAGUUGUGGUUGAAAGACAAGACCUCUGUGCAUUCUUCGUGGGAUCGGUACUUCAGCAACUCACAGUUUUCGGAUCAACAGAGUACGCACUCCAGUGGGCCCAAUGUGAGCGUGAAUCAGAUUGAUAAACGUCGGCUCGUUCAGUUUAUCAGUCCGAAACAAUCGAAUUCGCAGGCGAAUGAGGUGUCUACAAGGCAAGUGACAAUUCGAGAUGAUGAUGACCCUAUUGUGAUUAAGAUUGAUAUUAUUAAUGAGAGGAUUGCAAAUGAUACUGUUAGUAUUAAGUCUGCAGGAGGUAUGAAGGCAGUAGAAAUAAAACAGCCUGUCAAGCAAGGAUUACCAUCACCACCACAACCACAUAUUGUAAACAAUCUUGAUAGACCUGCGACAACUGUAAUUCAAGUAGAACAGACUGGUGGUGCUCCUGUUAAGAGUAAUCAAUGGAUGAAAGCUCCAUCUGAUUCUGAUCAACCAGGACAAUCAAAAACGCCUCCUAAGUCUCCCACAAAUGUAAAGAAACCUGAAAGACCUACAGCCCCGGCAAUUAAAGCAGAUCAACCUACCGGCGUACCUCCUAAAAACGAUCCACAAAAGAUACAACAACAAUCAUCUUCUAAUCAAUCUGAUCAACAAAGAGCUCUUCCAAAACCACCUGUAUUUGUAAAAAGACCUGAAAAACCUGUCGCACCUGCAGUUAAAACAGAUAAAACUAGUGGUACACCUCUUAAAAACAACCCACAAUGGAUGCAACCUCAGUCAGUUUCAAAUCAAUCUGGGCAACAAAAAUCCCCUCCUAAACAAUCUGCAGCUAUAAACAGACCAGAAAAGCCAGCUUCAGCUGCUGUUAAAGCAAAUGAAACUAGUGGUACACCUUUUAAAAAUGAUCCACAGAAGCUGCAACCUCCAACAACAAUUUCACCGGCAGUUAAAGCAGAUAAAACUAUUGGUACACCAUUUAAAAAUGAUCCACCAAGAAUACAACCUUUGGCAGCUUCUAAUCAGUCUAAGCAACAGCAAACAUCUCUUAAACCAUCAACAGUUGGAAACAAAGGGGAACAACCUGCUGAUCCUGCGAUAAAAGCUAAUGAAACAAGUGGUACACCUUUUAAAAAUGAUCCACAGAAGCUGCAACCUCCAACAGUUCCCAAUCAAUCUGAUCCACAAAAAACAUCACCUAAACCAUCUACGGUUGUGAAUAGACCUGAAAAAACAAUUUCACCGGCAGUUAAAGCAGAUAAAACUAUUGGUUCACCCUUUAAAAAUGAUCCACCAAAAAUACAACCUUUGGCAGCUUCUAAUCAAUCUGGGCAACAACAAACAUCUCUUAAACCAUCUACAGUUGGAAACAAACCAGGAAAACCUGCUGCACCUGCAGUCAAAGCUAAUGAAACAAGUGGUACACCUUUUAAAAACGAUCCACCAAAGGUACAACCACUAUCAGCUUCUAAACAAUCUGGGCAACAACAAACACCUCCUAAACCAUAUACAGUUGUAAACAAACCGGAAAAACCUGCUGAUCCUGCGAUAAAAGCAGAUAAAACUAUUGGUACCCCUCUUAAAAACGAUCCGCAAAGAAUACAACCUUCAUCUACUUCUCAUCAAUCGGGGCAACAAAAACCACCAACCAAACCAGCUACAGUUGUAAGCAGCCCUGCAAAACCCAAAGAAGACAUAUAUAAGAAUACACCAUCAAAAACCACUACAAAUUGGUUAGAUUCCCCUCCAGUUUUAAAAUUACCUCAACAACAAAGUCCAUCUAAACCAACUUCUACUGAAAAAAGUUUAAAUAAAUCAGCUUCACCCAAAGCCAAAGAAGAGAAAUCUAGUGGGACACCACCAAAAAGCCCUCCAAAGUUGACUCAUCCUAAAAUAAUUCCUCUUCCACCUGUUCAACAAAAAGGAUCUACUUCAUCUGCAGUUAAAAGUGAUCCAAAACAAUCUUCAUCUCAAGAAGUAGCACCUAAACCACCUUUUGUGAAUAAUCCAAAGAUACCGGUUCCACCGGCAAUUAAAACCGAACAAAGUAGUAGUACCCAAUCUAAAAGUAGUCCAAGAAUAAUUCAUCCUCCCAAGAAGUCUAUAGAUUCUGCUAAAAGUGGUAUAUCAGCUCCUCCCAAGCAAUUUGAAAGUUGGCAGCAACAUGUGGACGAAUUUAUGCGGUCAUAUCUACGUCCUACCAAGGAAAACGAUCAAAGGAGUUCCAAAUAUUUACAAACACCCUCACUUAAAACUGACCCAAUAAUUACUGCAGUAACACCAAAAACUUCUUCUUCUCCAAACAUUAAAGUACAUAAUUCUGAGCAGAAACAAUCAAAUACUCCUGUUUUGAAUAGAUCCCAAAGUACCAAAAAUCUUCCUGUAGCAACCUCGGUAAUAGCAAGAACUGAUCCUAAACUUCAAAUGACAAAAACAACGCAAGCAACACCAAAGCCUAAAUUAGGUACAUCAACACCUUCUCAAACCAUGUCCAGUACAAUUGCUACACAAAACACUCCAAAUAUUAAGGUACAACCUGGAGCAUCAGCAACCAAUAAACCGCCAUCCCAAAAUGCACCAAUUUCUAACUCUGCCAUUAAUCCCGGUGGUAGUGGAAGCAAUCCUUCUAUGAAUACAAGAUCCGCCACCGCAGCUGGUGGUGGAGGAGGAGUGGAUAUCAACGUUAUCCAACAACAUUUAGCUGUUCAAGGUGUCAUUAGAAGUUACCAAGUACGUGGUCAUCUUAUAACCACCUUAGACCCACUUGGUAUUCUUGAUAGAGAGAAAACAACGCUAGAACAACGUAAUGGCCUUCCACCCAAACAAAUCACCCGUCAACACACAGCUCUUGAAGGUAUAGACUUGAACACUUCGUUCCAACUUCCAGAAACUACCUUUGUAGGAGAAGGCGAAAAAUCUUUACCUUUGAAGGAAAUUAUUAGGAGACUAGAGCAAGCCUAUGGACAACAUAUAGGUGUUGAGUUUAUGUACAUACAAGACAUGGCUAAAUCACUUUGGAUACGUGAAAUGGAAUCACCUAAGAUACUAGCCAUAAACAAUGACCUCAAAAUUAAAACCCUCAAAAGGUUAAUACGAGCAGUACAUUUCGAAUCAUUCCUAGCGAAAAAAUACUCAUCCGAAAAGAGGUUUGGUUUAGAAGGUGGUGAGACAAUGAUUCCAUGCAUUAAACAAAUUAUUGAUACCAGUACUGAUUUGGGUGUUGAAGGUAUCAAUAUCAACAUGGCCCAUCGUGGGAGAUUGAAUGUUUUAGCAAAUGUUUGCAGAAAAUCCCUAAAAGACAUUUUUACUACUUUUGCUGGGCUUGCAGCUGUAGACGAAGGUUCAGGUGAUGUAAAAUACCAUCUUGGCACGGUCACAACCAGAGAAAACAGUUCAAACAAGAAAAAGGUUAGACUUUCCGUAGUUGCUAAUCCAUCUCAUUUAGAAGCAUCCGGACCAGUGUGCCUAGGCAAAACAAGAUGUGAACAAUUCAUGGCUGGUGAUAGAGAUGGUACCACCAUCAUGAGUAUAUUCAUUCAUGGUGAUGCAGCGUUCUGCGGUCAAGGUGUAGUCUACGAAUCUAUACACUUGAGUAACCUACCAUGUUAUACAACAAAAGGAACAAUUCACAUAGUGGUCAAUAACCAAGUUGGGUUUACAACAGAUCCAAGAUUUUCAAGAUCUUCUUUAUACUCUACAGAUGUUGCCAGAGUGGUCCUAGCACCUAUUUUUCACGUGCAUGGUGAUGACCCGGAAGCCGUCGUUCAAGUUUCUCGAAUUGCAGCGGAAUGGAGACAAAAAUUCCGAGAAGAUGUCGUGAUAGAUAUAGUGGGUUACCGGCGCAAUGGUCAUAACGAAUUGGAUGAACCUAUGUUCACACAACCAUUGAUGUAUCAAAUUAUCAAGAAACAUCCAAACAUUGCUAAAAUCUACGCGGAUAAAUUAAUCAAAGAAGGGUUAAUUCAACAAGUUGAGGUUGAUUCCUAUAUUAAAGAAUAUGAAGAUAUUUGCGAGAAGGAUUUUGCUAGAGCUAAGGAUGAGAAACAGAUCAAGUACAGUGAUUGGUUGGAUUGUCCCUGGAAAGGUUUCUUCAAAAAAUACAAAUUCAAUGAGAUGCCUAACACUGGGAUACAAGAAGAUGUGCUUCAACAGAUUGGAAAAGCAUUUUCAACACCUCCUCCGAAUUUUACAGUCCAUCGAGGUAUAACAAGAAUAUUGAAGGGUCGCGCUAAAAUGGUCGAGCAACGCAUGACGGAUUGGUCUUUAGGUGAAGCCUUUGCAUAUGCAUCGCUUAUGAAAGAUGGCUACCAUGUAAGACUAUCAGGUCAAGAUGUAGAACGUGGUACCUUUGGACAUCGUCAUCAUGUUAUGCACCACCAGACUGAAGAUAAGAAAACUUUUAACAUCCUAGAGAAUAUAUUUCCCAACCAAGCGCCGUAUUCAGUCUGUAAUAGUUCCCUGAGUGAGUUUGGGGUUCUGGGUUUUGAAGUGGGAUACAGUCUGGUCAGUCCUUAUACUUUGUGUAUGUGGGAAGGUCAGUUUGGAGACUUUGCGAAUGGUGGUCAGGUGGUUUUUGAUCAGUUAUCAAGUGGUCAGUCCAAGUGGUUCAGGCAAUGUGGUCUAGUGGUGCAAUUACCUCAUGCCCUAGAAGGGGCUGGUCCUGAACAUUCCAGUGGGAGAUUAGAACGUUUUCUUCAAAUGUGUGCUGAUGAUGUCACCUCCAAAGGACCUUUUGAUGAAAAAUUCGUUCUACAUCAACAUGAGCAUUGUAAUUGGUUCGUAGCCAACUGUAGCACUCCUGCUUCACUUUUCCAUCUGCUAAGAAGACAAGUUUUGCUACCAUUCCGGAAACCUUGUAUUCUUAUGACCCCGAAGUCUCUACUUCGUCAUCCUUUAGCCAGAAGCUCCUUUGAUGAAUUCCUAGAUGGUAGGAAGUUUAUCCGAGUACUUCCGGAAGCAGGACCAGCCUCCCAGGCACCAGACCAAGUGAAGAAACUCAUAUUUUGUUGUGGUCACACUUAUUAUGAUAUUUUGGAAUGGAUAGCAGAAGCUAAACUGGAGUCUCAGAUUGCAGUCUCACGUACGGAACAGUUGGCCCCGUUUCCGUACGAUUUGGUCUCAGCUGAGAUUAAUAAAUAUAAAAAUGCUAAGGUGUAUUGGGCGCAAGAGGAACACCGGAAUCAAGGCGGAUGGUAUUAUAUGCAUGAAAGAAUCAAUGGUUCUAUGGAGAAUAAAAUUGCUUGCGAAUAUUUGGGUAGAGCUGGGUCUGCGUCACCGGCUACUGGUAACAAGCAGAUGCAUUUGGACGAGAUUGCCAGUUAUAAAGCAAGUGUCAUCAAAUUGUAACUGGAGAUUCUGUAGAAUUAUGUUUUAGAAUAUCUGCUUGACCAAUAAAAUCAUAUGUACAUUAGGUA